AUGUAAUAAUAUAGCGCUUAUGCCUUGUAAUUGAAUUGAAUCUAUAUAUCAGACUACAAGAGUUUAAGAAACAAAGUGAGCUAGAUAUAAUAUCAAUAAAGAACGAAUUCUAAAAAGAUUCUACUUACGUAAUAGAAGUGAUUGCAAAAGAAUAAAAAUUAAGCCAAGAUGCCUUUCAUAAAAAUCCAUUUUAUCAAAAGCAUUUAUUGACAGAAAAUUCAUUUCUAUAAAUUAUCAAAAAAGACCAAGUUGACACUCAAAUAGGUAAAUUUUGAGGAAUUAUUUUAAAGCCACAAUGGGAUCCCCUUUUGCAAUUAGAAUGAAUGUAGAAGAUUUUAAAAAUCAAAAUGAUCUUUAUAAAUUUAUAGUGAGAAAUUUGGAGAAUAAUUUUACUAUCUAAGAGAUUAGACAUAAUUCUUUUACAGUUAGCGUAAGUUUUUGUGAUGUCUUAAGAUCAUUUAUAAUUUCAUCAAAUGGUUAAACAAUAAUAUGUUAUGAUAAGUAUGAUAUUAAUAAAUAUCACUAAACUUAAUAUAAUGAAAGGGCUUGUAAAGUAGCUCAAUUAUUCUUUGGAAUUUAUAACAAAUUGAAUCAGAAUCAAUAGAUCAAUCUAGAGAAGGAUCUAACACAUAGAAGUCUAAUAGGUUGUAGAAAUUAAUUCAAUAAAAUUGAAUGGUAUUCAAUAAUGGAGCAUUAUGAAUAAUAAAGAAUAUUGUCACCUGAUAUUGUCAAGAAAUUUCUUAAUCAUUAUAAAUUAGAAACUUCUUAAUCAAUAGAAUACUAAGCAGACUUAGAAAAUUUUCCUACUAUUUGUGAUUCAAUAUAUAAUUAACUAAUAGAUUAAUAUCAUGAUUAUUUUUAAGGAAAAACAAUUUAUUUCUGGAAAGAUAAUAUUUAUUUAGGAAAUUGCUUUAUUCCUUCAAAACAUUUUGAAAUUUUAAGAUUUAUAAAAAAAUCACUCUUAAAUUCUAAAUAAAUAGAUGAUUAGCUUUCAUAGUUUAAUUUAAAUAAGACUGAAUAUGAUUUUUACUAAAAGUUCAUAAAAUUAAUUUUAAGCCUGCCAAAUCAUUAAAGAAGUAAUUAUAGCUUUCUUAAUUAAUCAAAUAUUGUGUUCACUUGUAUAUAUAAUAAUUUGGAUUUUGUUCCUUAAAAAUUAGAUGAAGAAUUUACUCUAACCUAAUGCCUAUAAUCAAAAUCAAAAAUAGCAGUUUUGAUUCCUGUAGGUAUUUAUGGAAUGGGUUAUGACGAGAUUAGUUAAAUAAUUUUUAAAAAUUAUUAAGAAGUACAAAUAGUAAGUCAAGUGGAUUAAGUGCGUGAUAAUAAAUUACUUUAUUUAUAUAAUUAAGUUUGCUCUCUAAAAAAAUUGAAAUUAAUAAAUGAAUAAUUGAAAUAACUACCUUAUAAUGUUAUAACAGUUGCUUUAUAUCCAGAAUGCUCACAUUACUAUUUAUCCAAAAAAUAAUCUAAAUUUCCAUUUUCUUUUAAAUUUAUAAUGUUCUGUCUUUUAUCAUUAUUAGAUGAUAGAAACAAAGUUAAUGAGGUAAUAAAUCAAUUAAAAGAAUUUGAAAAUUAGAAUCUAAGUCAUUUACCUACUGAUUUCUAAAUUGCUUGUCAUUAUAUGCCACUAAAUAAGGAAACAGAUGAUCUUUACAGUGAGAUAGUAGAGUCAGAUUUCAAAGCAGCUUUUUCAAGAACAAAUGAGUAUUUGAUAGAAAGUUUAUCUUAAUAUAAAGAUUCUGUUGGAGGAGUUUCAGAAAGGCAUUUAUUGGAUUAAUCAAAGAAGAUAAUUAGUACCAUAGAAGAGAAAGUUAAAAUAGUAAUAUCUAAAAAGAAACAAUAAUACAUAUAGAAUUAAGGAAAUAGAAAACAAGAAAUCCUAUAUGGUUUGUAUCUUAAGAAUCCAAACUGGAAGGAAAUAGAUAAUUUUAUUUUAGAUUGUCUUGAUAAAAUAGUAAAGAAACAUCCAAGAGAUAGUAAUGUUAAUAAAAUGUAUCAUUAAUUAAAAGAAUAGCUAUUAAAAGAAAAGGAUUAAUAAAUAUAUAUAAGAGAAAAGCAACCAUAUAUGUUAUGUAAAAAAUAAGAAUAAAAAUAAUGGUCAACAUCAGUGUAGGUGGUUGUGAUUGUAGUGGAUGGAAUUAUAAUAUUGCAACCAUAGAAUUUAGGUUUAAAUCUUUUAUAAGAUAUUCCAAUAUAUUCUAAUAAUAUUGAAGUGACUUAAUCAGGAUAGAUAGCAGAGUUAGUAAGAUAAGAGGUGGAAUAAUUGUAUAAUAGGAGAGAAAAGGAGGAAGAUUUAUUAUAAUUAAGCUUAGAGUUGAAUCAUAAGAGUUGGAAUGUAUUUAUUGUGAAAAGGAAUGCAAUAAAGAUUGAAUUAGUUGAGAGUGUGAUUCAUUGAAAUAUUU